CACUGUCCACUCUGCGGCUGUUUCAAACAUGGAGGAGCGGGCCUCAACUGAACUCAUGACAUGUGAUGCAUAGAGUUUUAUUGGCCUUUAAUAUUUAAAAAAGUGGUUUGAACUUAAUAAUCUAGGUUCGUAGUGGCAACCGUUCAGUUUUAUAUUCGAUAGUUGGCGGUAAUGUACCAUAAAGCUAACUGCUACAAAACACCAGAAGAAGAAAAAUGGAGGAGAGGGAAAGAAAAAGUGUAAAAUCUGACAGCAAGGAGACAGAAACAGCACCUUGUUCGAGCUCUGCAUCGGCACCGGAGCAACCAAAGACAGACGGUAAAACUGGGGACGACGACGCGCUUAAAACAGACAUCUGCUCUGAUAAAUUCGACCCUCUCCUGGCCUUGUAUUCUCCGACUGCGCCCCCUCUUCCCUUUCCAAACAUCAAGUGCUUCAACAAUGUGGCCGAGUACGAGAGCUUUCUCAAAGGCGGUCGAGGUAGAGCAAAGCCGGAGAAUGUGGAGAAAAAGCGGCGGAAGGCGAUGAAAGGAGUGGCGGACCCGGAGCGCAUCGAGAGGCUGAAGAAUCUCAUGGUGAAGAAACCAGAGUCAGAAGAAGGGGAGAGCAGCAGCGGCACGACGCAGAGGAGGAGGAAGCAGAGACCCCAGAAAAAUGUUCUGACAAGGAUGCCCUUAUGUAAAGGCAGUCCUUUGGGGGAGCUGUACCGAUGUGUUGAGGAAAGGAUCAGAGUGAAAGUUCACAUUCGGACCUUUAAAGGCCUGAGGGGAGUUUGCUCAGGCUUUGUUGUGGCCUUUGACAAGUUCUGGAAUAUGGCAAUGGUGGAUGUAGAUGAGACAUACAGAGAGCCUCUAUUUGGGGAGGCAUUCUACCAUGAGAAAGCCCUCACCAUUUCACGGUUGUUUGAGAAGCUGAAUCUCCAGGAAGGCUCAGGAGGCGAUGAGCCAGUGAAGAAGCAGGAAGCCAAAGAAAAAUCCAGCAAACAUCAGCCGGCAGAUGCCAAAACUACCCCGAAAAGCUGCUCGGCUCAGCCCACCAGUGUGAAAGGGGACAGCAGGACAGCAGAGUCUAAGCUGCCACAGGAAGUUAAAACCACACAAGGGAAACAGAAAGUCUCAAUGAAGGCCCAGGGUCCUCAGACGUAUGGCAAGGUCCAUACACGCCACAUCAACCAGCUCUUCAUCCGUGGUGAGAAUGUUGUCCUGGUUAACCCACAGCCACUCUGAUGUUUUUCCUGUUUGAUUAUUUACUCUGGAAAAAAGGGAAGUUUUCUACAACACGUGAAGUACUGCGAGAGACUGCUGCGAUUUAACUGGAUUCAAAUGAAUCAAACAUGGACAACUGUUAAAUCAUAUUGAUAUGGAGAAUUUUAUCUGUCCACCGGAGAAAUUUACAUGCUAUAGAGAAAUAAAAGCUUCUUGGUGCUAAUUCUA